CAGCGUCUCCUGUCGACGUGUGAAGGGAGGGCUGACGAUCCGGACACAAACAAAUGUCCACGGGUUUGAUGUGGGGCUCCGUCUCGGCUGACCGUGGCGUGUCGGGCGGAUUUGACAGAUAGAAGUCGGGGACGCUGUCAACAUGUGGCUGAAACCUGACGAGAUCCUGCUGAAGAACGCCUUCAAACUGUGGCUCACCGAGAAGGAUAACGAGUACUUCGUGCUGCAGAGGAGACGGGGGUACGGAGAAGGUGGCGGCGGGCUGACAGGCCUCCUUGUGGGAACUCUGGAUACUGUCUUGGACUCCACAUCCAAAGUUGCCCCCUUCCGCAUCCUUCACCACACACCCGACUCACAAGUGUACUGGUCGAUAGCAUGUGGUGUCACCAAAGAGGAGAUUGUUCAGCACUGGGAUUGGCUGCAGCAGAACAUCAUGAGGACGCUCUCUGUGUUCGACUCCAGCGAAGACAUCACCAGCUUUGUACAGGGCAAGAUAAGAGGUCUUAUUGCUGAGGAAGGAAAGAUGUCCCUGGUGCUGGAAGACGAUCCUGAGAAGUUCCGAGAGGCACUCUUGAGGUUCGAGAAGUGGUUUGAGCUGCCGCCGCAGGAAAAGCUGGUCACGUAUUACUCAUGCAGCUACUGGAGAGGCAAAGUGCCGUGCCAGGGCUGGCUCUACCUCAGCACCAACUUCCUGUGCUUCUAUUCAUACCUGCUGGGGUCUGAGGUGAAGCUUGUCAUCUCCUGGGACGAGAUCUGGAAGCUGGAGAAAACUGCCAACGUCAUUCUGACCGAGAGCAUCCAUGUCCUGGCUCACGGAGAGGACCACUACUUCUCCAUGCUGAUGCACCUUAAUGAAACCUUCGUCAUCAUGGAGCAGCUGGCCGACUACUCUAUCAAGCGCCUUUUUGACAAAGAGGCCUUCAAGAAAGAGCCGGCGCUCUCCGACCCCAUGCAAAUUACCAAGAGAGGCCUAGAAGCUCAUGCAAAGAGUGCGCAGUUCCGCACGUUUUUCAGGCUUCCAAAUGAGGAAAACCUGUUAGAGGCGCAUGAGAGCUUCCUGUGGGUGCCCUUCUGCCAUUUUAACACACUUGGCAAGAUCUGUCUCUCGGAGAACUACCUGUGUUUUGCCAGUCAGGAUGGCAGCCAAUGCCAUAUCAUCAUUCCAAUGCGAGAGAUUGUUAACGUUGAGAAGCCAGACUCCAGCAGCAAAGCUUUAACGGUGUGUGUGCGCGGCAAGAGGGCAGUGCGGUUCUCCGAGGUGCGAGACUAUCAGCGGCUUGCCAACGCGAUUCGUAGCAGGUGUGGCAUCAGUCCCAGCCCUCAGCACUCCGCUUCAUCAGAGGUCAUACGAGGCGAAUGUCAGUCACUCAUCAACCACUUUGAGGACAAUCCAGAGGAUGUGACUCUCAUGGUGGGACAGAAAGACAGCAGCAAGGCUGUCAGCACAGAGGCGCUCAUGACGGUUUUCCACCCCCAGGAUGUUGAAAACCUUGACCCCAAAAUGCUUAAAGAAAAGAUGAAGGAGCAGUCUUGGAACAUUCAUUUCUCUGAAUAUGGACGUGGCACAAGUAUGUUCUUCACCAGGAAGACACGAGACUUGAUAGUCCGUGGUGUUCCUGAGGCCUUGAGGGGAGAGCUGUGGAUGCUUUUUUCAGGAGCUGUGAACGACAUGGCCACUCAUCCCGGUUAUUACACUGAGGUGGUUGAACAGUCUCUGGGCACGAGCACUCUGGCUACAGAUGAGAUUGAAAGAGACUUGCACCGCUCCCUGCCAGAGCACCCGGCCUUUCAGAGCGACACAGGGAUCUCAGCUUUACGCAGAGUCCUGACUGCUUAUGCCUACAGGAACCCUAAAAUCGGAUACUGCCAGGCCAUGAAUAUUCUCACCUCAGUUCUCCUGCUCUACGCAAAAGAGGAGGAGGCGUUCUGGCUCCUAGUGGCCGUGUGUGAGAGGAUGUUGCCGGAUUACUUUAACCGCCGAAUUAUUGGUGCUUUGGUUGACCAGGCCGUGUUCGAGGACCUGAUUCGGGAAAACCUGCCCCAGUUGGUAGAGCACAUGACAGACCUGACUUUCUUCUCGUCCGUAUCCCUGUCCUGGUUUCUCACGCUCUUCAUCAGUGUCCUGCCCAUAGAGAGCGCCGUGAACGUGGUCGACUGUUUUUUCUACGACGGCAUAAAAGCAAUCCUGCAGCUCGGCCUGGCUGUGCUGGACUACAACAUGGAUGCGCUGAUCAGCUGCCAUGACGACGCGGAGGCCGUCACCAUCCUUAACAAAUUCUUUGACAGUGUAACAAACAAAGACAGCCCGUUACCUCCCACGGUGCAGCAAGCGUCAGUGGGACAUAAUGAUAAAUCAUCCCACUUGAACGUGGAUAUCAGUGAACUGAUCCGAGAGGCCUACGAGAAAUAUGGAAACAUCCGUUCAGAGGAGGUCGAGAGCUCACGGAAAAGAAACAAACUCUAUGUGAUCCAGACACUGGAGGAUACGACCAAGCAAAAUGUUAUUCGAGUGGUGUCCCAAGAAGUCAGAUUCAGUGCCUCACACCUCGAUGAACUUUAUAAUUUGUUCAAAAGGCAGCAUUUCCUCAGCUGCUACUGGACAAUGCAGAGUCCAGCUCUUCUCCAUCAUGACCCCAGCCUGGCGUAUUUGGAGCAGUACCAGUUGGGUUUCCAGCAAUUCAGCGUGCUCUUCUCUCUUCUGGAGCCCUGGGGUUUCUGCACCACCAAGAGCACCCUCUCCCUCUGGGUCUUCCGCCUGAUAGACGAGAACCAGGACGGCCUUGUCAACUUUAAAGAGUUCUGCUGGGCCAUCGACACUUUGUGCUGUGGAUCUUUCACAAAUAAGCUGAAAUUCCUCUUCAAGCUGCACUUGCCACCAGCUUUUACAGGUAGUCCUUUGCACGUAAAGGAGCAAAGAAUCCAGCACUUUAUUCCAGUGACUGAAGACUCCUCUCACUUGAGUAGACUCACUGCAUUUGAUCUUCCAGAAGAUGGCGUGAUAAGGAAAAGCCCAGAAAGAGGUAGAGGAAAGGUGGACCUGCAGGCCUACCUGAAACAGUGGCAAAAUGAAAUACUGAAGAAAGAAGAAACCAUCAAGGACCUUCCCCGUAUUAAUCAGACUCAGUUCAUCCAGUUCUCCAAGACCUUGUACAACAUUUUUCACGGCAACCCAGAGGAGGAAUCUCUGUACCGAGCUGUGGCCCACGUUACCAGCCUCCUCCUGAGGAUGGAAGAGGUGGGACGGAGGCUGCAGGAGUCGAGCAGCCCGCCCGAGUCCACGAAGCCCUCCGGCAUCUCUGCUGCGGAGGAGUCUUCAGCCGAGGACGCCUCCAGCACCCCGGAGAGCUCUGACACCUCCAGCUCCCACAACAGUCAGGACGCAGGAGCCGAGGUGGAUUGGUCGUUCUCGUUCGAACAGGUGCUGGCGUCUCUGCUCAACGAGCCGACCAUAGUUCGCUUUUUCGAAAGGCCCUUUGACAUUCAGCGUAAACUGGCACAAGCCAAGGUUGCCCAGCUGAAGCUGAAGGUAAAGAAGUGAAAGGAUAUGAGUUGAGGAGUGAGUUGAUGCUUUGCUUGCAACCCUAGAAGUCAUCAUGAAUUUAAGUCUCUUUGAGAGGGUGGUCGGAUUUGGCGAGGCAGUCAGUAAGAUGGCUGGAGAAUAGAGCCCGACCGAUAUGGAUCUUUGGGGACCGAUGCUGAUACCAAUAUUAGGGAGUAAAAGAAAUUCUGAUACUAACAUGUAUAUAUAGGCCAAUAUAUAUAUAUAUAUAUAUAUACGCAAUGGCAAUGAUUCCCAAGAUGUUCUUAUUAAACCCUCAUGGAAAAGAAGUGUAAUUGAAGCUUGAUAUUUUAAGGUUUAACCAUAAACUUUAUUAUAAAUAACUAUAAAUAAUAAAUAAUACAAAAUUUACAAAAAAAUUUGAAUUUGGAUAAACUUUUUUUUAAUGUAAACUGCAAACAUAAAUCUUUUCUGCAUAGCCUAUUUUGUAAGAGUUUUCUUUUGGCAAACAUAAAUGCUGGUAAUUUUUAUUGGCAAACAGAUAAAUUGGUCGGGCUCUAUAUAUUGAUUUCAAAAUCUGUGUGUGCAUGUGUCACUGUGUGGUUUGGAUGAUGCACAACAUCGUUAAGUCACUUUAAACACUGUUGUGUGAGUCCACUGACCAACACUUUCAAUGCGACUGUUCCUCAAAUUGAAUUAUGCAUUUUCUCUCAUGUAGCCUCAGAUUCUUCAUAUCAUAUAAAACGUAGUUCAAACUAUUUUCCCUUUCUGCCCGGGAGCACAAACUCUGUAGUUUUAUAUUGUAUAAGGAGACGCUCAGGCCCGUCCUCUGAGUUUAGAAACAUGACACAUGAGUUUGUCAUGGCCGCUGUCUCUCUGAUGUCAUGCUUCGUGACGAAUGACUCAGGACGAGGUGACCCGGGAGAACGCAGGAAGAUUUUCCUUCUGGAUGUCUCGAUAUACAUUUUAUCUCUAAGAUCACUAUUCGCUGCUGUAAAGUGAAACAUCCUGUAAAUGCUAAUGUGUCCUGUGACUGCCGUGUCUCCUCGUGAGUGUAUCCUGUAAAUGUCAGCUCAUUGUGAGAAACACCAGCUUUUUCCAGUCGAUACAGACGCAGAGCUAACGGUAGUACCACGAGCAGGGACGAGCUGUAGUGCCGGAGCCGUGGAAAGAUUUCAGAGAUGAGGAGGGUGUCGGAUAGAGUUUAUUGAAAGCGCAAGUGAUUCGAUUAUGGUAUUAUGCAUUUGCAAUAACAUGAGAGAACGCUGCACUGCCACAGCACGCUCAUCUCUCUUCAGCACACGCACUAACAAUGUUAUAGUAUGACUUCAACUUCUUGAUCUUUACAGGUAAAAUAGUUUGAAUCCCUCUGCACUGCUGCAGGGAGACCACCUGUGUCGUCCUCUGACAUAGUCUCAGAAAUGUGCUGUGUGUGAUCUUCACUGUUUGCUUCUGUCAGUCUUACUGCAAACGUAGGGUGUUCCGCUCUAGUAUAGCUGCAGCAGUUUUGUAAACAUAGGUCAGUGCAAUAGGUGUUUGAUUAUUGUAUUUAUGAGGCUAGUAUUGGAAGUGUAAUAUAUGAGUUAGCAGACUUUUGUGGACACAAUUUAAACCUUUUUGAAGGCCAUUUUAUUUUUAUUGAAUCUCAGGGUGCAAUUUGUUUAAAAUGAAAAGGGAGAAAAGGGACAUUUUUUCAACCUGGGAUAUGUAAAGUAUAUGACUGAGUUAUAUAUAUAUAUACAUAUAUAUAUGUAUAUAUAUAGAGAGAGAGCGUACAACUUGUCUGUAACAUAAGUAUAGAGCAUGUGUAGCAUAGUUACAGGAUUUGCCACAUUAUGCUAGCCUUCAACAAAGAGCAACCAUUGCUGCUGACUUAAGAAAGAUUUGACUUCUAGUUUCUUCUUAUCUGUGCAUUUUCUCUUUCUUUUCUUUUUGCUUCUGUAUCAGUAAAUAAUUUGCACAGUUGUUUGAGAUCCACAAGCUGCAGAUACGUGCCUGUAUCUCAGCCAGAUCUCCGAGGUGUUGGAUUCCAAAAGGUCACGACUGCUUCAGCUGCAGCGUGUUUUAUCUCCUGGGGCCAAAUUCACACAUUUAUAGAGCUUUAUCUCUGCAUGUGUAGAGGAAAAAACGUGUUUUAGAAGCUUCUUAAAUGCAAGUGCAAUUUUCAGUUUGCUGAAAUGACUAUUUUGACAUUUCCUUGAAACAUUUUCUUGUUUUCUGAAUGAAAUACUUAUUUUUUCACUUAAGACUUAAGGAAAAAGUCCAUUUCAUUGUAUAAUUUUUGAAUUAAAUGACACGGAAUAUAAGUGGGUUGUACAUAAUCCUUUUAGUUCUCAUUGUAACUGUAAGUAAAAAUCACUGUUACUGUUUACAUGACUAAUGUUGGGAAAAAAUUCUAAAUAUGACCCGUCAUCUUUGAUGCAUUGUGAUUUCUUGAAUUAAAAAAAUUAUAAGUGGCUUAAUUUCAGUAUUUGAAGCCAUAAUGAAAACGUAGUGAGUUUCAACAUGAAAGCUCAGCCUGAAGCUUCGGGGGCUGAGUAGUUGAUCAUAUUAUUCAUCUAUCUCCAACAGACAUGUCUCACCGUGGUCUGACUGUUUCAGUUUGACUGUUUAUCUGCAGGUUUUUGCUGCAUUUCUUGCUGCUCCAUCGACAAACUCCCAAGAAGUUAUUUUUAGAUUCAUAUUAUGAAAGAGUGUGUUGUAAUAAUUCUGCUAGAAUUGUGUCAUGCUCAGACUAUCUCUGAUGAUACAACUUUAAAAACAUAAAAAAGUUUGCUUUCAAGAAAUAAUUUGUCGGCCUUCAUGGGGAAAAUAUAGAACUGUGGUUAAAAACCUUUUUGAUGCUCAAUAUUUUUCUUAGCUGUAUUUCCUCAGGCCUGGUUUCUGAAAGCUGGCACUUGAGAUGAUAUUUUUUUUUUUUUUAUGUUUGUGGUUUUCCCUUGGUGUGGAAAUAAAUUCAAGGAGACAAGUUCGGAGGAACAGAAGAGGGAAAUAUUCAGCCCCCCUGGCAUGAUGUCGGAUAGGCCAUUAACCAUCAUAUUGCUCCAUAUACUGCUUUAGUAUAUAAUCAACCAAGUCCUCAUAUCAUUUUAUGUGCAAAUAGAGUCUACAGCUUUUAUAGACUGUAGCUUGAUUGAAAUCUUAUUCUGCAAAAUACAGUAUGUUGCACAGAUAUUUCUGUUUACCUGCUUGAUUAUGUUUUUUUAUUAUUAUUUGCAUAAAAAUGUACCAGAAUAAAGAGGGAGGAUUCUAUGAAUAA